UCCUUAUCGAAAACAAUACCUUUGCAGUUACUAAACUUCAGGAGAGAUUAUAUCAAAAUCUUCCAACUUUCAAUUUCAAAUUUAACCAAAUAUCCAAACAAAGUGGAGAGAUAUAGUGUGUAUGUGUGUGUGUGUGUGAGGGAGAUCAUAAUAAUCAUAAUAGUAAUAAUUAAAGAAAAACCAAUAAUGGCACAAGCACAAGAGCAACCCCAAGAAAAGUUUCAAAUGAAAGACGCCAUGGUUGCAGCAGCUUCAGCAAAAACAAGCGGUGGCAGCAAUGGUGUGACGUUCAAAUUCAAUGCACAUGCACCGGAAUUUGUGCCCAGUUCUCACACCCAAAUCCCCAUUUCGGGUUACUAUUACCCUUGUUUCCAUUAUCUCGGUGGUGGUGGUGGUGGUGGGGGCAUUGGCGCUGGUGUUGGCUCCGAUUGGUUCUUCGUUGGUGAACAAGAACCUGCUGCUUAUAUGUUCUCUAAUCAUAAUCUCUCCUUCCCUAAUUUUUCUUACAAGAAUGUUCUCAACGAUGAUCUCCGCCAGAAGAUUAUCAAACAGGUGGAGUACCAGUUCAGUGACAUGAGUCUUAUAGCAAAUGAAUCUUUCUCCAAGCAAAUAAGUAAAGAUCCUGAAGGUUAUGUGCCCAUAUCUUUUAUUGCUUCUACAAAGAAAAUCAAGGCUCUCAUUACAAACCACCAGCUAUUGGCUCAAGCACUUAGGUCCUCUUCAAAGCUUGUUGUGAGCAACGACGGCAAGAAGGUUCGACGUAAACACCCUUUCACCGAGAAAGACAGAGAGGAAGUGCAGUCCCGUACUGUCGUUGUUGAGAAUUUGCCUGAAGAUCACUCUCAUCAGAACCUUGACAGGAUUUUCGAUGUUGUCGGAAGUGUGAAGAACAUUCGAAUAUGUCAUCCCCAGGAAUCCAAUUCUUCCCGCUCUAAGAGCGAUUUCUUUAUGUCUAACAAGCUACAUGCACUUGUGGAGUAUGAUUCAAAAGAGAUUGCUGAGAAAGCGGUUGAGAAGUUAAACGACGAAAGGAAUUGGAGAAAGGGGCUUCGAGUAAGGUUGCUGCUUAGACUCACGCCAAAGUCUGUUCUGAAAACUAGAAAAUCAGAUUUCGAUGGCAUAUUAGACGAUGACGAUUCGAUGCUCACUGAUUACUAUGAAGAGUCCUCUCAGCCAACCCAUGUUGAAUUCAUCGAGAACAAUGCUGAGGAUAAUACUGUGGGAUCGAAAAGGGGAUGGGGUAAAGGGCGUGGGAAAGGCCGAGGGCGUGUUCAAAAUCACAGUGGACGCGGCUUGCUUGCUCCAUCCCAACCUGGCAAUGCAGUCCAAUGUGAAGCACCUAUGAAACAGAUGGCUAAGGGUCCGAGAAUGCCAGAUGGAACCAGGGGUUUCACCAUGGGACGAGGCAAGCCGGUAAGUUCACCAUUGGACUGAUAGACGAUACAUUCAUGUUUUUCCCCCUGGUCGUCUCCGAUUCAUAUUAACUAGAAUGGCUCCCGCAUUUCUUGAAAGUAGCAUGAAAUGAUUUAGUAGCCAUAUGCAUGGUCUAGCCUUUAAUAUGUUAUCAAUAAGUCAAGGUUGUAUAGUUUUAGUACUGUGUUUUCCUAGCCUAUAUUGUUAGCAAUUUUCUCCUUGCACACCACUUUUUUUUUCAUGAUUAUGUUAUUAUUUGGG